AUGACGCUGCUUGAUCCACGCGUUCCCUCACGACUUUUGCAGGCUGUGGCAAGAAGCAUUGGUGCCUGGGGACUGCUGGAUGACCAGCAUGGUGGCCCAGCACUGUCCUGUGACCUUCUCGGAAUUCUUUGGCAGCUGGGACGUAGGGCACGGGACUGCGGUGCUGGCAGGGUGCGCACGCAGCUCCUUUCUAGGGAGGCUGCAGCGUUUUCAUCGCAGUUUCCUGUAGCAGUCACCAGCGAUGAGUUAGGGUUUUUCGACAAGGAGGAGAACAAGUCAGGGGAUGCUUUUGCUACAACGACAUGA